AUGGUCCAAUCCAGAAAAGAACCCGCCCCGGGUUCGAAGAGGCCUCUGAUUGGGCAGCAGGAAUUGGCUCCGCCCCCCAAAGUGGAAGCUGAUUGGGAGUGCCCCAAAGACUUUGAGGGACCCAGGAGCUCCCCAAGGACCCAGGAGUGCCCCAAGGACCACAAGGGACCCAGGAGUGCCCCAGAGGACCCAGGAGUACCCCAGGAACCCAGGAAUUCCCCAGAAGGACCCAGGAGUGCCCCAGAGACCCAGGAGUGCCCCAAAGGACCCAGGAGUACCCCAGGAACCCAGGAGUUCCCCAGAAGGACCCAGGAGUACCCCAGGAACCCAGGAGUUCCCUGGGAACCCAGGAGUACCCCAGAAGGACCCAGGAGUGCUCCAGGAACCCAGGAGUACCCCAGAAGGACCCAGGAGUGCCCCAGGAACCCAGGAGUACCCCAGAAGGACCCAGGAGUACCCCAGGAACCCAGGAGUUCCCCAGAAGGACCCAGGAGUACCCCAGGAACCCAGGAGUUCCCUGGGAACCCAGGAGUACCCCAGAAGGACCCAGGAGUACCCCAGGAACCCAGGAGUUCCCCAGAGACCCAGAAGUGCCCCAAAGGACCCAGGAGUUCCCCAGGAACCCAGGAGUACCCCAGGAACCCAGGAGUUACCCAGAAGUGCCCCAAAGGACCCAGGAGUUCCCCAGGAACCCAGCAGUUCCCCAGGAACCCAGGAGUACCCCAGAAGGACCCAGGAGUGCCCCAGGAACCCAGCAGUUCCCCAGGAACCCAGGAGUACCCCAGAAGGACCCUGGCGUCCCCGUCACCUCCCGCUGUCCCCUCGGGGACCCCAUCACCCGCGGGUGACCCCGAUGUCCCCAAGGGGACCCAGGCGUCCGGGGAGGGGCCGGUGCGGUACCGGCUGCGGACCCUGGUGGCCUCGGUGACGUCCCCGUGUCCCCUGGGUCCCCUCCUGCUGCUGCGCGUCCACACGGAGCCGCUGGUGUCACUGGUGCCCGACCGCUGGCUCCUGGAACGGGUCACUGUCACCGGGCCCCUCGGGGACAAUGGGGACAAUGGGGGCAUUGGGGUCAUUGGGGUCAUUGGGGACAUGGGGGGCAAUGAGGACAUUGGGGGCAGUGGGGACAUUGGGGGCAAUGGGGGCAUUGGGGACAUUGGGGGCAUUGGGGACACUGGGAUCAUUGAGGUCACUGAGGACACUGGGGACACUGGGAAUACUGGAGGCAUUGGGGACAUUGGGGACAUUGGGGGCACUGGGGACACUGGGAAUACUGGGGGCAUUGGGGACAUUGGGGACAUUGGGGGCACUGGGGACACUGGGAAUACUGGGGGCAUUGGGGACAUUGGGAACACUGGGGACACCAAUGACACCAUUGGGGACACCGAUGGUGACACUGGGGCCACCACUGGGGGCACUGGAAACGCUGGGGACAAUGGGGACACCAAUGACACCGAUGGGGACACUGGGGACACCAUUGGGGACACCAAUGACACCAUUGGGGACACCAAUGACACCAUUGGGGACACUGGGGCCACCACUGGGGACACUGGGGCCACCAGCGAUGUCCCCAGCGCCACCUUCCCCUGUCACCGCUGGCUGGGCAGCGGCUGCACCGACCUGCACGAGGGGACAGCCCGGACCCCCCUGGAGGCCGCGCGGGUCCCACAGCUGCUGCAGCUGAGACAGGAGGAGCAAGAGGAGCGGAGGGAGGCAUUCCAGUUUGCUCCAUACGCCCCCUGCUGGCCCUGGCGGCUCCGCGCGCUCCGCCCCGCCCUCUGCCCCUGGCCCCGCCCCCCACCCGCACCAGUAUCACCAGUUUGGCCCCAGUUGCCGCCCAGUUUGGCUUUUCCCAUCGGCCACCGCAUCAACAUCAUCGCCCGGGCGGCUGCGGCGCAACUCCGGUUCCGUCGCUGCGGCGCCUCCUGGAAGAGCUUUGAGGAGCUUCACGCAGCUCUGGGAAAACCCGGGACCCCCAUAGCAGAGUACGUGCUGCAGCACUGGCGGGACGACGCGUUUUUCGGGGCGCAGUACCUGAGCGGGGUGAACCCCGUCCUGCUGCGCCGCUGCCACCGCCUGCCCCCCAACUUCCCCGUCACCCCACACAUGGUGGCCCCCAGCCUGGGACCCCACACGUCCCUGCAGCGGGAGAUGGAGGGGGGCCGCUUGUUCCUUGCCGACUACGCCAUGCUGCGCGGUGUCUACACGCGGCCACUGGGGGGCGCCCCCCAGAGCGUGGCCCCCGCCAUUUGUCUGCUGUGGCUCAACCCACAAGGGGAACUGCGGCCAAUCGCCAUCCAGCUGUCCCAGGACCCCGGCGUCCCCAUCUUCACGCCGCAGGACGCCCCCUGGUGCUGGGCGCUGGCCAAGCUGUGGGUGCGCGGCGCCCACUUCACGCAGCACGAGCUCGUCACCCACCUGCUCAGCACCCACUUCCUGGCCGAGACCUUCGCCGUGGCCACCCAGCGCCUGCCCGCGGCUCAUCCCAUACACCAGCUGCUUCUGCCCCAUUUCCGCUUCACCUUCCACAUCAACAUCCUGGCACGGGAGUCGCUGCUCAACCCUGGUGGCAUCAUCGACCAGGCCACGGCCGUGGGGCGGGAGGGGACACUGGAGCUGGUGGCCCGGGGGACGGCGGCCUUGACCUACCGGGAGCUGUGUGUCCCCGAGGACAUCGAGGACAGGGGGGUGGCACUUGUCCCCAACUACUACUAUCGCGAUGAUGCGCUGGAGAUCUGGGCGGCCAUGGAGAGCCUGGUGGAGGGGGUGGUGUCACUUCACUACGCCGGUGACAAGGAGGUGGCCGAGGACGAGGAGCUGCAGAGCUGGGUGGGGGACAUCUUCACAUACGCCGUGCUGGGGAACCAGCAGUCAGGUUUCCCGUCCAAGCUCCUGACCCGCCCUGAGCUGGUCAAGUUCACGACCAUGAUCAUGUUCUGUUGCUCCGCCCGGCACUCGGCUGUCAACAGCGGCCAGUACGACUUUGCCGCCUGGAUGCCCAACACGCCGGGGACCCUGCAGGGUGACCCCCCGGUGACAAAGGCCGAGGCCACCGAGCAGCGGUUCCUGGGGACGCUCCCCUCCCCCGCGGCCACCGGCGCCCUGCUGGCCCUGCUGAGCGUCGUCAGCUACGAGGGGGGGCAGCCGCGCCCCCUGGGAUCCCGCUGCCCGGAGCUGCUGGUGGGGGCCGCCGCCCAGCGCCUGAUUGGUCAGUUCCGCCGCCGCUUGGCCGCCAUAUCUCGCCGCAUCGGGGACCGGAACCGGCGUCUGGAGCUGCCGUACCCCUACCUGGACCCCCCACGCGUCACCGAGAGCGUCGCCAUCUGAGGGGACACGGCACCCUGAGGUGGCCACAAUGUCCCCACGGUGUCCCCAAUGCACCCUGAGAAUGUCCCCAAUCGACCACCCUUGGAUCACCCCCAAUGUCCCCAUGGUGUCCCCAACUCUUCAUCCCAACCCAACCAAUGUGUCCCCAACCCCAUUGGAUCAUCCCCAAUGUCCCCAAUGUGUCCCCAACCCAUCGUCCCAACCCAACCAAUGUGUCCCCAACCCCAUUGGAUCAUCCCCAAUGUCCCCAUGGUGUCCCCAACCCAUCAUCCCAACCCCAACCAAGGUGGCCCCAGUGUGUCCCCAACACACUCCGAGAAUGUCCCCAAUCAACCCCCCUUGGAUCAUCCCCAAUGUCCCCAUGGUGUCCCCAACCUGUCAUCCCAACCCAACCAAUGUGUCCCCAAUGACCCCAUGGUGUCCCCAACACACCCCAAGAAUGUCCCCAAUCAACCCCCCUUGGAUCACCCCCAAUGGCCCCAUGGUGUCCCCAACUCUCCAUCCCAACCCAACCAAUGUGUCCCCAACCCCACUGGAUCAUCCCCAAUGUCCCUAUAGUGUCCCCAACCCCUCCAGGUGUCCCCAACACCCUUGGAUCAUCCCCAAUGGCCCCAUGGUGUCCCCAACUCUCCAUCCCAACCCAACCAAUGUGUCCCCAACCCCAUUGGAUCACCCCCAGUGUCCCCAUGGUGUCCCCAGCCCAUCAUCCCAACCCCAACCAAUGUGUCCUCAAGACCCUUUGACCAUCCCCAAUGUCCCCAAAUGUCCCCAACCCAUCGUCCCAACCCAACCAAUGUGUCCCCAACCCCAUUGGAUCAUCCCCAAUGUCCCCAUGGUGUCCCCAGCCCAUCAUCCCAACCCCAACCAAUGUGUCCCCAAGACCCUUUGACCAUCCCCAGUGUCCCCAUGGUGUCCCCAACCCAUCAUCCCAACCCAACCAAUGUGUCCUCAAGACCCUUUGACCAUCCCCAAUGUCCCCAAAUGUCCCCAACCCAUCAACCCAACCCAACCAAUGUGUGCUCAAGACCCUUUGACCAUCCCCAAUGUCCCCAAAUGUCCCCAACCCAUCAUCCCAACCCCAACCAAUGUGUCCCCAACCCCAAUGGAUCAUCCCCAAUGUCCCCAUGGUGUCCCCAACCCAUCAUCCCAACCCCAACCAAUGUGUCCCCAAGACCCUUUGACCAUCCCCAAUGUCCCCAAAUGUCCCCAACUCAUCAUCCCAACCCCAACCAAUGUGUCCCCAACCCCAUUGGACCAUCCCCAAUGUCCCCAUGGUGUCCCCAACUCUCCAUCCCAACCCAACCAAUGUGUCCCCAACCCCAUUGGAUCAUCCCCAGUGUCCCCAUGGUGUCCCCAACUCUCCAUCCCAACCCAACCAAUGUGUCCCCAACCCCAUUGGAUCAUCCCCAAUGUCCCCAUGGUGUCCCCAACCCAUCAUCCCAACCCAACCAAUGUGUCCUCAAGACCCUUUGACCAUCCCCAGUGUCCCCAUGGUGUCCCCAACCCAUCAUCCCAACCCAACCAAUGUGUCCCCAAGACCCUUUGACCAUCCCCAGUGUCCCCAUGGUGUCCCCAACCCAUCAUCCCAACCCAACCAAUGUGUCCCCAACCCCAUUGGACCAUCCCCAAUGUCCCCAUGGUGUCCCCAACCCAUCAUCCCAACCCAACCAAUGUGUCCCCAAGACCCUUUGACCAUCCCCAAUGUCCCCAAUGGAUCACCCCCAAUGUCUCCAUGGUGUCCCCAACCCCUCCAGGUGUCCCCAACCCCCCGCAAUGUCCCCAAUGACCCAAAUGUCCCCAAUGACCCCCAUUGUCCCCAAUGUCCCCCGGGGGUGACACAGGCAAUAAACACGGUUCCUCUGCA